GUCUACGCAUGCCGCGAUGACGUCACGUUCCAUGUUUGCACCGCAGCCUCUCGUGUUAGCUGCCGGCUAAAGCGGCACCAAGUGAAGUGGACGCAUUUGAUCCAGAUUUGCUGUGCCGAGUUGCGAGAGAAGCACGGCGGGAGGAGCCCGCAGCUGGUGUCCGCUCGCUAGGCUGCGAGCUUUGCUUGCCGCGGGGACUUCGGGUCCGCCCAGAACGCAGACAUGGCGACGGACGUGAGUUCUCCGCAGCGCUUCUUCCACAUGCCGCGCUUCCAGCACCAGGCGCCGCGGCAGGUCUUCUACAAGCGGCCCGACUUUGCUCAGCAGCAGGCCAUGCAGCAGCUCACCUUCGACGGCAAGCGCAUGCGCAAGGCCGUCAACCGCAAAACCAUCGACUACAACCCCUCUGUCAUCAGAUACCUGCAGAAUCGUCAGUGGCAACGAGACCAUCGCGACCUGCGAGCAAUCCAACCCGAUGCCGGAUGCUACAACGACUUGGUCCCUCCUAUCGGAAUGCUGAACAAUCCCAUGAACGCCGUCACCACCAAGUUUGUGCGCACGUCCACCAACAAAGUCAAAUGUCCCGUCUUUGUCAUCCGGUGGACUCCGGAGGGGCGUCGGCUGGUGACGGGAGCGUCCAGUGGCGAAUUCACGCUGUGGAACGGGCUGACGUUCAACUUUGAGACCAUUCUCCAGGCUCACGACAGCCCGGUGCGCGCCAUGACCUGGUCCCACAACGACAUGUGGAUGCUGACGGCGGACCACGGCGGCUACGUCAAGUACUGGCAGUCCAACAUGAACAACGUCAAGAUGUUCCAGGCACACAAGGAGGCCGUGAGAGAAGCCAGUUUCUCACCCACCGACAGCAAAUUCGCCACCUGCUCGGACGACGGCACCGUUCGGAUUUGGGACUUCCAGCGCUGCCACGAGGAGCGCAUCCUUCGAGGACACGGUGCCGAUGUGAAGUGCGUGGACUGGCAUCCCACCAAAGGUCUGGUGGUGUCCGGCAGCAAAGACAGUCAGCAGCCAAUCAAGUUCUGGGACCCAAAGACCGGACAGAGUCUGGCAACCCUCCACGCCCACAAGAACACGGUGAUGGAGGUGAAGUGGAACAGUAACGGGAACUGGCUGCUGACGGCGUCGCGUGACCACCUCUGCAAGCUCUUUGAUAUCCGCAACCUGAAGGAAGAGCUCCAGGUGUUCCGGGGCCACAAGAAGGAAGCCACGGCGGUGGCCUGGCAUCCCAUCCACGAGGGGCUCUUUGCCAGCGGCGGCUCGGACGGCUCUCUGCUCUUCUGGAAUGCUGGGGUGGAGAAGGAAGUGGGUGGCAUGGAGAUGGCGCACGAGGGAAUGAUUUGGAGUUUGGCCUGGCACCCGCUCGGUCACAUCCUCUGUUCAGGAUCCAACGACCACACCAGUAAAUUCUGGACCAGGAAUCGUCCCGGCGACAAAAUGAGGGACCGCUACAACCUCAAUCUUCUACCUGGCAUGUCGGAGGACGGCGUGGACUACGAUGACAUGGAGCCAAACAGCAUGGCCGCCAUCCCUGGAAUGGGAAUUCCCGAGCAGCUGAAGAUCGCCAUGGAGCAGGAACAGACGCAUAAAGAGGCGGGGCCAGAAGAGAUGUCCAUCCCGGGACUGGAUUGGGGCAUGGAUGAGGUGAUGGGCAGGGACAACAAGAGGGUCCCGCAGAAGAAGGUCCCCUACGCCAAACCCAUCCCAGCACAGUUCCAGCAGGCCUGGGCAGAAAAUAAAGUUCCCUCCAUGCCCCCGUCUGGAGAGGGCCCCAAAGAGCGCAAGGCGGAGCCCAAAGGAGACGGCAAGAAGAGAAGUCAGGUGGAGCUGGAGCAGGAAAUGGCGGCGUUGCAGUACACCAACCCCAAGCUACUGGAGCAGCAGAUGAAGAUGGACCGCAUGAACCAGAUGAGCUCGGACGGCUCCCAGCAGGGCCCCGGGCCCCCUUACUCUGGUCCCGCAGUGCAGCAGAACUUUGCUCCUCCCCAGUCCAACCACAUGGGGCCCCCCCACAUGGGGCCUUCAUUCAUGCCCUCCGCUCAGAUGGGAACGUCGUCCGGGCACGGGCAGGCCAUGAUGGGCCCGCCAGACAUGCAGAGACACACCGCCUCUUCCAGGAACAUGGGCGCUCAGGGACUGCACAACUUGGGCCCUGCAGCCAGAGGAGUGCCGGGCCCUCACGGGGGCAUGAUGGGACCUCCCGCCAGAGGAAUGGGGGCACGGGAUCUACCAGGGUCUCUCCCUCAGGGGGGCAUGAUGCCGCCGCCUCAAGGAAACAUGAUGGGACCUCAGGGGGGCAUGAUGGGACCCCCAUCCAGGACACACAACUUCGGGAUGCAGGGGCCUCACCCGGGGAACAUGCUGACACCGCCUUACAUGCAGCACCAGGCCCAGACUUCAGGGCCCCCCAUGCACGGGAGGGGCCAGCAGGGCCCCAGCAACAAAGACGCCCGGGGGCCGGCCCCCAACCACCACAUGGGACCCCCUGACCGCCAAGGCGGCGGGGGGCACGAGCAGUUCUGGGGAGACGGACAGCACAAACCACAGGAUUUUGACGGGGGCCAUGACUUCCACAGCCGAGGAGAGGAGGCCUGGAGACCCGGAUCCGCUUUUCCGGGGACGGCAGGACACCGGGUCGGGGCGGGUCUCCGAACAGGCGGGGCCGCGGCCAACUGGGGUCCCGAAGACCGCGCCCCCCGGGACUUGGGAGAGUUUCGAGGGAGGCGAGAUGACAGGUUCAGAGGAGGCCCUGGACGGCCCGGAGGUCGAGGCUACCCUGACGACUACGCGGGCCAGGAGGAAGGCUUUGACGCCCUCAAAGACGGGAUGGGCUGGGACGCCGGGGUCAGGGCUAGGCCUAGAGGCGGGGGCCCCCCACGAGGAGGUCCCGACGGCUACCGCGACGGACUCUCUCUACACGACAGCGCGUCCCCGACGGGCCGUGAGCGGUCGCUGUCCCUGCAAGGCAUGGACAUGGCCUCGCUGCCGCCGCGGAAACGACCCUGGCAGGAUGGCCCGGGAACGGUCGACCCCCGAGAACGAGACGCGCCGGGCGCAGAUGCAGGUCGAUCUCUUCAGCGGGACGACGGCUACGGGCGUGGCGGGCGGGGUGGCUGGGGGCCUGGCCCCAGGAGAGGGGGCCCCCCCUUGCGAGGCGCGCCGAGGGGCCGUGGGCGCUAGACAGCUUCAUCGGCUGCUAAUCUUUCCUCAUUUUUUGUAUAAAAUUUCUAUGUUUUGUCUUUUCACUGACUGGACAAUAAAUACCCACGCGGAAGCUUUGAAUCCUG